AUGUCUGAAACAUUCUUAUUUACUUCCGAAUCCGUCGGUGAAGGUCAUCCAGAUAAAAUCUGUGAUCAAGUUUCCGAUGCCAUCUUAGAUGCUGCUUUAGCUAUUGAUCCAUUAUCAAAAGUUGCAUGUGAAACUGCUGCUAAAACUGGGUUAAUCUUAGUCUUUGGUGAAAUCACCACUAAAGCUCAAUUAGAUUACCAAAAAAUCAUUAGAGAUACCAUUAAACAUAUUGGUUAUGAUUCAAGUGAUAAAGGUUUUGAUUAUAAAACUUGUAACGUUUUAGUUGCCAUUGAACAACAAUCUCCAGAUAUUGCUCAAGGUUUACAUUAUGAAAAAGCUUUAGAAGAAUUAGGUGCUGGUGAUCAAGGUAUUAUGUUUGGUUAUGCUACUGAUGAAACCGAUGAAAAAUUACCAUUGACCAUUUUAUUAUCACAUAAAUUAAACAAAGCUUUAGCUGAUGCUAGAAGAUCUGGUGCUUUACCAUGGUUAAGACCAGAUACUAAAACUCAAGUUACCAUUGAAUAUAAAAAAGAUAAUGGUGCUGUUAUCCCACAAAGAGUUGACACUGUUGUUAUUUCUACUCAACAUGCUGAAGAAAUUUCAACUGAAGAUUUAAGAGCUCAAAUUAAAGAACAUAUCAUUAAACAAGUUAUUCCAGAACAUUUAUUAGAUGAUAAAACCGUUUACCAUAUUCAACCAUCUGGUAGAUUCGUUAUUGGUGGUCCACAAGGUGAUGCUGGUUUAACCGGUCGUAAAAUCAUUGUUGAUACUUAUGGUGGUUGGGGUGCUCACGGUGGUGGUGCUUUCUCUGGUAAAGAUUUCUCUAAAGUUGAUAGAUCUGCCGCUUAUGCUGCCAGAUGGGUUGCUAAAUCAUUAGUCCAUGCUAAAUUAGCUAGAAGAGCUUUAGUUCAAUUAUCAUAUGCCAUUGGUGUUGCUGAACCAUUAUCCAUUUACGUUGAUACUUAUGGUACUUCUAAAUAUUCAAGUGAUGAAUUAGUUGCCAUCAUCGGUAAGAACUUUGAUUUAAGACCAGGUGUUGUUGUCAAAGAAUUAGAUUUGGCUAGACCAAUCUAUGCAAAGACUGCUUCUUAUGGUCAUUUCACUGAUCAAUCAAACACUUGGGAACAACCAAAACCAUUGAAAUUUUAG